AUGGCUCAACCACAAUGGCAGAUCGAUAUCCCGGGUUUAUCGCAGCUCGUUCUCAACGUUGGAGCUUAUGGAUUGAAGCAGCUGGCCCUAGCUGGCGUCGACCCCCAUACUAUCGGGUGCAUGCUGAUGAUUGCUGAGUAUACUCCAGCGUGUCCAGAUUUCCGGUCUAAGCUGAAUAAGACCCGAGAGUAUCAGCGGACAGAGCGAAUAUGGCUUUACAAGAUGAUCGAAAUCGGCACGUCAAUCAACUUCCUGGCCGAUCAGAUGCUCAAAACCCGGGCGGGAGAAAAUGUCGUUGCCCUGCUGUCCGCUGUAGCCCCUUUUAUGGAUGAAAAGAGCUGCGUUACGGUGCUCCUUUCUCUAUUUGAGGCAGCCAAGGUGUCCUUGGAUAACACUCCAGGUCUUACCCAGCUACAAAAUAUCCGACGCAGCCUUGUACCACUGGCCUGUAAAGCCGGAAUGGGAGAGAAGGUGAUAAAUUAUCACUACUUCUUCUCGUCGUUGCUGAAGAAACAACACAAACAACACGCGCCACCAACCGAUAGCAUAGUUCCAUACGAUGCUAUCCCGACCUCUCACGAUAUCCCCCGAAUCGUGCAGUUAAUUCACAAGCUUAGUACAUCUGGAGCUAGACAGGUCAUAAUAUUCAAAGGCAUACGCGGGGCUGCAUGGAUCGCGGCCUAUACAUCUUACAUUCUGGGACUUCCGACAUGUGCGCUGGAUGCCGACGAACGCUCAGUACCUAUAACGAGCAACUAUGAUGCAGCUCAGAUCAUUUUUGAUGUCUCUUCAACGGAGCAGAAUGGCGGACUGUAUUUGGAGGGGGAAGUCCUAGAUUUGAUCUCCCUGGACCGUCGGGCUAUCGACAACUCCUCCGGAUGGAGAGUGGAUUGUUCGAUUGUCGACUUUUUCAAUAUUCACCAUCCGGACUUGAGGAUGUCAAGGCCCGAUACAUUUACACGCCUAUCUACAUUUGCUGCAAUAGAUCUCCUCAAUACCCUUGCCGAUCUGAGUGCCUCAUUUGAUCAUCCUUAUACGGACUCGACUCGCUACAGAUCUCGUUUCGGCCGGAGUGUGGGUUUGCAGUCAUACACGAUAUCAGUCCUUCAAAAGAUCCAGGCCCGGGGAUUUCGUAUCCUUAAGAUUCUGGGGUUUCGGCCCCCUGAUGAGGGUUAUCACUUUCAAAAGUCCCAAGUAGCAGCCCGUCUUCACUGCACGGGCCAUGAUAGCGACCCGAAACCUACAGAGGAAGAGUAUUUGGAGGGAGAGGAGGAUGACAGUGAGCAGUCGUAUGGUGAGGACUCAGAUCAUGAUAGCGGAUUCCUCGGAGGGGGCUUUAAAUCAUUCGCUCGUCGAUUCCGGAAGAAGCGAGACAGAGGGAGAAGAACUUUCAAAAGCCGGCGGGGGCAGUAUAUUGAAUACGGAGGAAUUCAAUUCGAAAGCGAUGCGGAGACUAAGCGUCUGCGAUAUUACCUCGAUGACCCAACCAGUGACACGCUGCAGGAGGACUUACGAGGUAGCUCACUAAACCUUGCAGAGCUGACUCAGACCAUUCAGACAGCGGUCCAUUUUGCAUCAAGGCUGGCCUUCACAGAUUGGGACCAAAGCCUACGGACAAUGUCUGUCCGUGCUUUCUCAUACAAAGAAAUCCCUGAGCGGUCAAUGGUAACAAAGUUUGAGGGCCACAUUGCGGAAGCCAUCUCGCUCUGUUGCGACGGGACGCCAAUAAAGAACAUUGAACAGCACCUCUGGUCCGAGGACUGGAUCGGGCUGGACAUUGACGGGAUCAUUAUUAUUCGUAACGCCGCGUUGCCAGUCUGUCCAACCAAUAUGAACGGCGCAUUCCUGGGCUUCCGCCGGGGGGGGAUUUCGUACGAAAGUCAGCAAUUCUCUAAAAUCAGAACUGAUCAAAUUGAUACUCUGGGUCAUAAUUUGGUGCUAAAGAGCGGUCACAAACUCACUAGGCCGACGUUGGGCCCUCGGAAUGCAUAUCCCAAGAUUCACUCUCGGUGCCUUCUCGCAACCCGUAGUGACACAAUUUUUGUUCGCUUGGAAGUGUUUCCAAGCCCGGGUAUCUGCCUUGUUGGAAACGGUAGUUUAGCUGCUUCCUUCCUGCCUGAUUUUCUUGUCACAACCCCCUGCGAACAUGGAUACUACAGUGAGGAAAUCCUAACCGGUACAUCAGCGCAUCUAGUGAAGGAUUUAUAUGAAGGCCUCCUGGUGGAUGAUGUGGAGUCACGGAGCGAAAGUUUCUUCGAUGAGCAAAUUUGUAUUUCUUACCAGCAAGUGAGUGGAAAUACCCUAGGGCAAUGGCUCGCCUUGCAGUGGCAACCGGCGGAGAAACCAGAACAGUGUCUCCGCAUUAUUCAGAGGGACUGUUGCAUCACGUGUGUGUUGUCCCGGCUUCAGCGGGUUUCUAACAAGGCUGGUGGAUUCUUAACUGGUGAAUUCUUAACUAAUGGCUAUCCUAUUUGUAUUAUGGCAGGCCAGCCAGAGGAUCAAUAA